GGCAAAACAGGCAGUGAUUGUUCUGAAGAAUGUCCACCAAAUAAAUGGGGACCAAAUUGUGUAAAUGAAUGUGUCAAAUGCCUCAAAGGAUUUUGUUCCCCUUUAACUGGAGAAUGUGAAUGCUUGGAGGGAUGGCAAGUUGCAACAUUCGCAUGACAACUGUAGCUCCAAAUGCUUUAAUGGAAGAAAUACUAACAACUACCAAAUCUACUACUCUGACUUUAUCUCCUUCUCCUAAAAUCAUUGAACGUAUUUUAACCACAACGGAUUUAGGAAUGACAACAACAAUAAAAAGUAUAACUAUACCUAGUACUAUUUCAAUAAGUAAAACUGCAGAAACAAACAAUGUUGUGAUAGAUAAAAACACUAGUUUCCCUAUAAAUGAUAACACAACAUCUACUACAGCAAGUACAGUAGAAAGAACUACUAACCACAUCAUCAACGCUGUUAAUAGAGUUACUGAUCAUGCUUAUAACAGAACUGAAAUUCCUUUUGAAGGUACGUCGAAUGAUUUAGCUACGCAUGUUCCCACAACUUCUAUUAAAGUCCCAAUAGAUAAUGAACUAACUACUAAUCCAUCGACUACUACUGCAUCAGUAACAAUCUUCAUGAGCACGCCUAAAACUAGUUCACGAUUACCACUAGUGAAUGUGACACAAGGCACAGAAGAGACUUUAAAAGUAAAUCAAGUAACAACAGGUAAACAUAAAGCCAAAGAAAUAUGGAUAAAACCGACACAAAAUAUUGCUUCCAAUGAAAUGAAGAUCAAAAUAAUCCAUGAUAAUUUAAAAAAUAAAAGCGUAGCUAAGAACGAUUCUGCCACGGAAACAACGACGCCACGCACAAUUAUAGUAUCUAUAAUUCCAACGUCAGCUUCUUCUCAUUCUACGUUCAAAAGAAUUGCUCUUACAACUGCAUCGUAUAUACCGAGAAGGACUUUAUUUACAAAAUCAAAUAACAAAACAGAAUUGGCAAACAAAAAAUCAACCUUAGAGAUUUUGAAACCAACCGUGCGGCCCUUUACAAUCAAGAUUCUAUCAACAUCUACAACAAAGUCUCAUUCACCGUUGCACCAAAGAAAUUUCACCGAACGAAUAUAUAUUCCUAAAAAUAAGUCUUUAAUUUCUUUCUACUCUGAACGAACUACUAGGGCUUCAACAAACAAUAUAACUAACAGCAUGCCCCUCACUGUGGGUGCAACUUUAAAUGGAUCCAGAUCUUUUAACACAGUAACCAUACCAUCUUCAACUAACACGGUAUCCAUAAUAACUAACAGGCCACCUGUGUAUAUUAAAGACGAGAGAAAAUAUUUGAAAAAUGACAGUUUUAAGAUUCGUAAACCAAAUGUGCUUGAAACUACAAAGUUAACGGCUUCGUUACCCGCUGAGCAACUAAAGACAUCAACAGUACCUGUGAUUAAUAGAUUCAAUAAUGAAACUACUACUCAAGUUAAUUUAUAUUCAAUAACAAGUGAAAAUCCAACUGAAGAUGAAAUGUUUCAUGUUUUAACAGAACCGGAACAUAUAACAGCUGUUAUGUCCGACAAGGAACGGAACAUAAAUUCGGUAGAUCUUAUUUCUGUCGUAAGUAUAGCAGGUGGGAUUAUGAUGUUAGUUAUAACGGUCGCUGUAAUAAUUGUGAUGCUUGAAAGAUGCAGGAAAUUUCGCUACGAUGAUUUGAGAAAGAUCAACGACAUAAGAAUGCAAGUAAUGAUUGAUAACAAUGAUGUACCACCGCCACCUUAUGUAAGAAGCAUAUUCCAUUCUCCAUUGCCAGAUCCUCCUAACACAGACCGAUGCCAUUACCAACCAAUAUCAACAUUGGACCGAAAUUUGAAACAAUUUAUGAGGCCUGUUGUUGUACAAAACAUUUCACCAAUAAUGCUUGAAAAUUUUCGAGGUAUUCUAGAAUGCCAUUAUGAUCAUCUGCCAAGGAGGGCACAUGACAUUUGUAUUUCUGGACGUUCUUCAGUAGCGACAUCUACAUUUAGUGAUGAAGAAUUACACAGUCAACGAACACACCGUAUGUCUGAGUAUACAAUAGAAGCUCUAAAAUGUGAAGCAAAACAAGAUGUUAUUGAGAAUAAUAUGAGUUCUGAGCCUCUAUAUGCUGAAAUACCAUGCUGGAGACCACCUUCUGAACACGCCAUUGAAGUAAUGAACUUGAACGGGGAGGCAGUUACAGAAUUAUGACCAAAUUUCAGACCAAUGAUAUCGUAGAAGUACAAAUUAUCAUUUUAAAACAAAAAGUCCCUUUUGACGGCAACUUAUAGUAAGAUGUGCGUUGAUUUUAGAUCUUUGCAAGUGAAUAAUUAUGAAGUAAAUUAUAGUCAUCAAAAUUAAAUUCUGAAAUAUUCGAAAAUAUUGGUGAAUGCAAAACUAACAUUGUUUUAUAAAGUGAUACCUUAGAUCAUUUAUACAUCUCGAAAGACUGUGACAGCUGUGAAAACGGCGAAAUAAAUUUAAGGUUGACUGUCAACCUCUAUUUUUAGCAAUGCACAACACAAAGUCACAUACAAAUCGCUAGUGUAAGACGUAGCUUGUCACGCACACUAUAGUAAUAAACCUGGCCUGUUUUCAUCGGUUGUCUAGCAAGUGGCUCUAUGUACAUGUAUAAAUUAUCUAAGAGUGAAAGGUACUAUUUAUUGUAGUUCCUCACUACUUUUGUAACAUACUAUAUAAUAUAGUAUUCCGCCUUCUUUUAAAGUGCAUUUAAAUAAAUCCUGAUAGAAUUAUAUGCUUAUAGUGUCUUUUAUAAACAUUGCUAUAAUUUUAGUAAAGGCGCUAUUGUUAUUAUAUGACGCAUAAUAUAAUACGUUGUAAUAUUUUAAUAAAUAUUGUUAUUAUUAUCUAUGAGACUCAAGAUCUCAUUAUUUUUCAUGGCAGAUAUGUUUUAUUUGUUAUAUGUAGAUAUCUAAGCAUUAAAAACAAGAUUAUGUAGUAGGUACCUAGCAUAAUGAAAGCAUCUAAUUAAAAAAAAAAUAGAUUUUAUAAGAAUAAUGCUGUCAUAAUUGUUAUAUUAAUAUAUAUCUAAGCAUUUAAAACAAUAGAUUACUUAUGUCUUAAUAUAAGUAUCUAAUUAAAAUAAUUAAUAUAAGAUAGUAUUACCUACAAUCACGGACGAGUAAAAAAGUAAGGACUCCAUGUCACCUUACAUAACAGUGAGGCACCAAAACAAGCCGGUAAAUGUGUAAAUACAUAGCCCCACGCCUACACUUAGACUAAUGCAAGCCGAUCGGCCGCCAUUAUGAGAUUUGCCAUCGUCUGUGACAGAUCAGUUUGCGUCGCAAUAAUAUAUUUUAAAAAUACCGUCGUCCGUUGUGAAAAAGUGUAAAAACAAUAAUAUAAAAGUAUUUGAUAUAUGAUUAUUUAAGGGAGAAAAAUUGUACAACUGGUAUACCCCGUAACCGCACACACACUAGCAUAAAAGUGCUUCACUCGCUAAUAUCACGGCGCGCAGUCCUUCUUUUUUUACCAGUCCGUGCCUACAAUAAGCACCGAAAAAUUAAUGUGUUAAUGUCAAAAGGGAUUUGACAGUUUAUUCCGGGUUUCUUGCGACUGACUUAUUACAAUUAUCUUAUUAAAGAAGAUAAUAGAUUUAAAUAAAUUGAAAUACCAAAGAUUUACAUAAUUCAAUUUAAAAUAUUAAUAUGGGUUGUUAUGUAGUUCAAAGUAAGGAAAUAAAUAAAUGAUAAUAAUUUAUGUA